AUAAUUUUAUAAGAGAAACAAAAACUGCGGCGUUUCGAAGCAGACAAACAUGCUCAAAUUGGCCCCUAAUUGUCGAACUUUCAUCGUUGCUAGAUUAAUAAAAAUUUCGGUUUUUUUCUUAUUCGUCAAAAGGAACGAGAUGAUACAUAAAAUGGAGGGAUUUGACGGAACGAGAGGUAUAAACUGUGUAGGAACACUGUGCUCAAGAGAGAGUGAGAGACAGAGGAAAGAGAAUGUUCUCAUUGUCGAGGCACACAUUAUUAAAUUGCUCGUCGGCGCGGAGGAAAUGACAAUUUGCUCGCGACAAAGCUGUCCCACUGGGUACACGCCGCGCUUGCUGGUGUAGAUGGAAAAAAGCUUUUCUAUGGUUUAGCUAGCCCUGGACUAUUUUAUGUUUAACAAAAAGUUGACACGUCCUCGAGCUUCAGUGUGACACUGAAGCACGAAAAGUGAUCGAAAUGAACUUGACAAUUAGGCUUAAUUCUCUCAAUUGUUGAAAAAACUAUGAAUUUCCUGGAGUUUCGUUACACUUCGUGAGGCAAUGAACAUUUCCAUCGCUCUCGUCAAAUUGAAUUUUUUUUAGUUACCAGAAACUACAAUCGCAAGGUUUUUUGGAUUUUGACCAUUUUUCAUUCUGGUUUAUAGUUUGAGAUGUGGAAAAAAAAUGGAGAACUGGAAUAAACUUUUACAGAUAUUGCAAUCUUUUCAUGCUCAGAGUCGGAAACGCUCGGAUGAUGGAAACGUUUCCAUUGCUCGUCGACGAAUAAGAAAAUGGCGAGAAAUCGUGACCAGAAUUUGAACGUAAAAGAAUUCGAGGCCGAAAAUAUAAUUCACGAGUACAAAACACUUCGAAAUCGCGAAUGACAACUUUUACAAAUCUAUGCUUUGUAACCGUAAAUGGAAAAAUUAAUAAUAAUUAUUUAUCAACGAAUUACUGGCUGUAAUACAAAUGAUGAACGGAAAAAUGAGUGAGACAGAUUCUUAAAACGUGCGUGAAUGCUGUGGCCCGUUUUGGGGGAUGAUGGGCUCGGCCCUUCGUCACCCCGGGGGCCAACCAACCAUAAAACUUCAAACAAACUUGGCCCGCUGCUACUUUGUGCCCCCUGCAAACCAGCGGUCAGGAAAAAUCAAAGUACCACGCAGUGGUACGUUCAGCAGCCCACGUGGCGCUUAUGGGGCGAGGAAAGGUGCGACGGAGUCAUUUACACGGUGUACCUGAAAAAAGUGCGAUACCACAGACCAACGAGAAGUCUCUCAGCUUCGGACUCUGACGACGAAAUAUCCCAUUUGGAGUGGGAAACAGUGAGAGUGCGAUUUUUAAAAGCAGGAACAGUACAAAGAUUGGUAGAAAGUUUGGCGAAUGACGAUGGCGAGCUCGAAUCCACGUACAUUAACGUGUUCCUCGCAACUUACCGAGCUUUUACGACGCCAAGAGAAGUUCUGGAACUUUUGCUCGCCCGUUAUGACGCCCUCGACGAUAACAAUUCGACGCCCCAGACCGGGGAACAACAUCGUAAAACUCUUGUCCAAGCGUUACACGUUUGGCUCGACGCGUAUCCCAGCGACUGGAAAUCACCACCGAGCCAUCCAUUGCUCACUCGUCUUCUCGACUUUACGCAUCGACGAUUACCCGGCUCUGAGCUCGAACUCAAGGCUCGACAUCGCCUCCACCGCUUCCAAAGAGAAGAUCAAAUCGAUUCGUGCAUCGUUUACGACAAUGGAAGAUUGUCGUUGCACGGGUCGGUUGAUAUACUCGGGGAUAAUUGGCCGAGUUACACGUUCCCGGAGGUGCCACAUCGUCAAUUCGCCGAACAGCUGACGAGGAUGGACGCGGAGGUGUUUAAAAAAUUAGUGGCGCAUCAGUGUUUAGGGGCGGUUUGGUCGAGGCGGGACAAAGCAAGAAAUCACGACGCAGCAACGGUCCUUGCGACUGUGAAUCAGUUCAACGCCGUAUCGCUUCGAGUUAUUUCAACGAUUCUCGUUGAUCCGACACCGAAAGCGCAGGAGAGAGCGAGGAUCCUCGAAACGUGGAUCGACAUAGCUCAAGAGUUGAGAAUCCUUAAAAAUUUCAGCAGCCUCAAGGCCAUCGUUUCUGGCCUCCAAAGCAACCCUGUUUAUAGACUCGAAAAAUGCUGGCAGUGCAUGCCACGAGAAAAACACGAACUUUUCAUGGAACUCGAACGAAUUUUCUCCGAGGAAAAUAACGCCUGGACGCAGAGGGAAUUACUCAUCAAAGAAGGCACUGCCAAGUUUGCUGAUACCGCUGGAAGGAGCGAUAGACACUUGCAAAAAUUGUUCCAGAAACAAAAUACUCAUGCAGGGAACAUAAGUUACGGAACGAUUCCGUAUCUAGGAACCUUCCUGACCGAUCUCACGAUGAUAGACACGGCUAUCCCGGACACGAUAGCCGAAGGUCUUAUCAACUUUGACAAGAGGAGAAAAGAGUUCGAGGUACUCGCGAGGAUAAGACUUCUUCAGGGGGCAGCGAACGCGUACAAUUUUAGUACGGAUCCAAGAUUCGAUCGAUGGUUCCAUUCGAUCGUCGUUCUCGACGAUCGGGAAGCCUACAAACUUAGCUGUCAAAUCGAACAACCUCCACCUGGUAAUACGCUCAAUAACCGAGCUGCAAAAAACAAAAAACAGGGUCAGCAGGGUCACCGUAAAAACGAUUCGCUGGCAUCGACCUCGAGUUCGAGCAGUUCCCAAUUUUACUGUGACCUGGAUUCGUUGCCAAGCUCGCCCCACAAUUCGUUGGACCGUCGGACCUCGCCGUCCCAAAUGUCAAGCUCGUCUUCCAGUUCGUCGCUGCCAUCGUUGGACGUGUCAUUGAGUUCCGGUGGCGGUGGAAACGGUACAAACGGAACGAGUCAGUCGCGCCUGGUAGCGCCAGUUUCGACCGGCACUAACGGCACGAGUAACCCGAACAUCGCAGCGAUUUCGAGUCCCUCGCAUUCCCACAAGAGUUCUCCAGACUUUUACAUAAUCAAGGUCACCAUGGAGAGCGAGAGCGUCGAGACCGAGGGCGUGGUGCUUUACAAGUCGAUCAUGUUGUCCAACAACGAAAGGACUCCCCAGGUCAUAAGGAAUGCGAUGUUGAAGCUCAACAUCGAGGGCAAUCCGGACCAGUAUACAUUGGCCCAGGUGUUGCCUGAUCGAGAAAUGGUACUGCCGAGUUCGGCGAACGUGUAUUACGCGGUAAACACAGCUCACAAUCUCAAUUUCAUACUUCGACCUCGUCGUGACCUUAAUGACUCGGUAGCUGAGAGUCCCAAGGGCAAGAAUACUUCGAAUCACAAUAAUAAACGGUAGCCUCCCGGGGGUCGACGUGACCUUCCCUAUUCCGAGGUCAUCCCAAGUGGCCCGAGGUCAAAGUUGUUAUUUUCAAGGUCAACACGACCUUGGGUACGAUUUAUUCUGUAAUAGGAUCGUGAAUUUCGCUUUUGAGUGUGAUUCCUCUUUCCUCGAGGUCAUCCUCAAGGUCAAAGUGAAGUUUUUCGUGACGUCGGUGCAAAUUCAUUUUCUUUUUUGUACUCAACGGUUUCAUCGACGAUAGAAAAAGUAGCGGAUUUCUUACGCUCCUCAAAGUGCGAGGGACUCCUCGGAGAAUAGAAAUAUAAAUGACUUUUCCCCGAUCUUGAAACACGACGAACACAAAGCCACGCCGAUUCGUCGGGUUUCAAACGAAACCACCGCGCUCCGAGCCCGUCGAGUUUUUAGUUUAAAUCACUAUCACCAAGCGACCCAUCGACAAAUGUGCGGACCACUGGAGUGUUUUUUUCAUUUUGUAAAUAACUUUUUUCUCGUGGCUGAUGAGAGCUGAAAUAGUAUUUAAUCGUAAGAAAAAACAAUACCGAUAACUAUCGAAAUGCCGGCGCUUUAAUCGUCCCGGUUCUUAGAUCGACUUUCAUAAAUAUUUAAACAAAAAAUAUAUAAAUAAUCUAUAUAUGAAUAUACAAUUUUUCCCUUCCCUUGCCUCUCGGCCUUUACAGCCCCGCGGAACGUGAGAAAGAAACGAAUUCUGUGAUAUCUGGAAUCUCUCUCUUUUUUCGGCCUCGAAACACACAAGGAAAAAAUAUUUAAAAAACACAAAUAUAAAUAAAUAUAUAAAUAUAAAUCUAUAAAAUAAUCCAAAGCGUGUUCUUUCGAUUCGUGGCACACAUGAAAACACACACACACACACAGAAACACGACGAAAAUAUUCUUCGAAAUAAAAUUAUUGUUUUUAAUACUA